CUUUUGUCGCCAGUCAGCAGACAGAACCCGUUACCUGUGUCGGUUUGCUGUAUUACUAGUGAGUCGGUCUUCAGUAUUUUCGUGUCUUUAGUAACUUUUAAAAGAAGGCAUUAUGCGUGAGGUUAUUUCUCUUCACAUUGGACAAGCCGGUGUACAGAUUGGGAACGCUUGUUGGGAGCUCUACUGUAUUGAACACGGCAUAGAACCUGACGGAAAGAAACCAGAUGGAAGCAGUAGCAAAGAAGAUUCUUUUUCUACCUUCUUUAACCCUACUGGGGCUGGAAAGUAUGUUCCACGUGCCGUCUUUGUUGAUCUAGAGCCAAGUGUUGUGGACGAGGUUCGUACAGGGAAAUAUCGCCAGCUUUUUCACCCGGAACAAUUGGUGACUGGCAAAGAGGACGCUGCUAACAACUUUGCUAGGGGUCACUUCACUGUGGGACGAGAGAAGAUUGACGAGGUGGUUGAUAGGGUAGGGAAGCUGACGGAGCAGUGCAAUUCUUUGCAAGGGUUCUUUGUCUUCCGCUCGUUCGGUGGGGGUACUGGCUCGGGAUUUGCUUCUUUACUUUUAGAGCGUCUCUCCGUUGAAUAUGGAAAGAAGUCUAAAUUGGAGUUUACCAUAUAUCCAGCUCCCCAGGUUGCUACUGCUGUUGUUGAGCCUUACAAUGCGGUCCUUACUAGUCACACUUCAUUAGAGCACAGUGACUGUGGCUUUAUGAUGGACAAUGAAGCCAUCUAUGAAAUUUGUAAGCGCAACCUUGACAUUGAACGACCAUCUUACCAAAACUUGAAUCGUCUGAUUGCUCAAGUUGUCUCCUCUGUCACAUCUUCCCUGCGUUUUGAAGGAUCUCUCAAUGUGGACUUGAAUGAAUUUCAAACGAAUCUUGUCCCCUAUCCUCGCAUUCAUUUUCCCUUGGUUACCUAUGCUCCGAUAGUGUCGGCAGAAAAAGCCUCACAUGAGCAAUUUUCUGUUGGUGAACUGACAACAAAGUGUUUUGAACCUGUAAACCAAAUGGUAAAAUGUGAUCCACGUCAAGGCAAGUAUAUGGCCUGUUGUCUUCUUUAUCGUGGAGAUGUUGUACCAAAAGACGUCACAUCUGCUAUUAGCAACAUCAAGACCAAGCGCACUAUCCAAUUUGUUGAUUGGUGCCCCACUGGUUUUAAAGUUGGCAUCAACCAUCAAGCUCCAGGACAAGUUCCUGGAGCUGACCUGGCUCCAGUUAACAGAAGCGUUUGCAUGCUUUCAAAUACCACAGCAAUUGCUGAAGCUUGGUCUCGGCUUAAUCACAAAUUUGAUUUGAUGCACUCCAAAAGAGCUUUCAUUCACUGGUAUGUUGGGGAAGGAAUGGAAGAAGGUGAAUUUCAAGAAGCUCGUGAAGAUAUGGCCGCUUUGGAGAGGGAUUAUGAAGAAGUUGGAAAAGAUUCGGGUGACAUGGAGGAAGCCGGAGAGGAAGAAUACUAAAUGAAUUUUUCUGCUCUAAUAAUGCUUGAUCAACAAACAAAAUCAAUUUUGAAUCGUAGAAUUUUAGUAGUUAGAUAGUUGUGUUAGUUAUUUUUUGGGAAAAAAAA